AACUUUGCAGUCUACCAAUACCAUUUCUUAUUUGGCGUGAGGACAUUAGUUGAUUCACAUCUUCGAGCGGAUAUUACUUAACUAUUUGCAAAGCACAGCAUUUCCAAGGAUUUCUCAACGGAACUAUGGAUUUCAACAAGAUGAAGAAAAUAGAGGAGGCGGUUCGCAUUGGCGGCAAGGGAUCGGUGCGCCGCAAGCACAAGAGACUCCCAUGGGCUGCUGCCACUGAAAGGCGCGUGCAGGCCGAAUUGGCCUUGUUACCGUUGAAUGAGCUCACCGAUAUCCAUGAGGUGGCCAUCGAGUUCACCGAUUCCAGUGAGGUUGUGUUUACCAUGCCCAAGGUUCGGGGUAGCAAUCACAAUUCUUUUUUCGUGGUUAGUGGCGAUAUCGUGCGCAAGUCGUCAACAGCUGGCGCAUCGAAAGUGGCCAAGGCACCCAAGCCACCCAAUCCACCCAAGCCAAAAUCAGAGGAGUCCAUUAAGGUGGUGGCCAAGAAGCCCAAGAAGCCGCGCAAUCGUGUUCGUCCUCGCAACAAGAAGGUGCAAAUUAUGCUCUUCAAAAACGAUGAAGAAGCGGCCAUGGCUGGCGGGGAUUCGGAACCGAAGCUUAGCAAUGGUAAAUCAAUUUUGAUCUCCUCUGAAGAUGGUAGCGAUCCGGAUAAUGACUACGUGCCAUCGGAUGAGUCUGAUGUGGAUCAGACCAUCGUCUGCGACACAGAUUCGCUGGAAAGCGGCGAUGAUUCCGAUGACGAGGAGGACGAUGACAGUGAGGAGUGAAACUACCAAUUUUCUACCCCGAUUACUAUGGUCCUGCGGAGCAUGUUAAUCCGAAGACUUAAUGCGCAUAGGUCUCCGAGGACGAAGAUUAGACAUACUCAUUUGUUGAUACAUUUGUACCAAUUUUCUAAAUAAAUCGCAUACUAAAUACAUGCAUACUUCAAAUGUA